CCCUCAAGUCUGAAAUCGCACGCCCCAAGGUCAACCCAGUGCAUUAUUUAUGUGAUCCACCUCAUUCGGAUUUCAUGAGGCUCCGGCAGUCCCCGCUCCGCAGUGCCCAUUCGCGCGACGGCUCCAUCUCGUCCGGUCCGUCUCAUCCGCGUCGACGUGCCUUUCUCAUCCGUGUCGACGUACUCGUCUCAUCCGCGUCGACGUGGUUGCGAGCGAUGCCGAAUUUCGUCCGAGGGCUGAGCGUGCGGGAUAUCCGGUUCCCCACGAAACUGAGCAAGCAUGGGUCCAGUGCCAUGGUUUCAGAUCCGGAUUAUUCCUGCGCCUACGUCGUCCUCUUCACCAGCAGAGGCUCCAAGGGAAUCGGCUACUGCUUCACCAUCGGAAGAGGCACCGAGAUCGGCAAGUUCAUCUUUCUUUCUUCACGAACAACCACGACGACUCCAUCCUUCGCGACCUCACCCCUUCCGAAGCAAAAAAAAAAAAAGAACCUUGUGCAGGCCGUGAAGACGCUGUCUCACCUGGUGGUCGGCCAGGACGUGGACAAGAUCCUGCACGACUUCGCGACGUUCUGGAGGAAACUCACCUCCGACUCCCAGAUACGCUGGCUGGGGCCGGAGAAGGGCGUGAUCCACAUGGCGGCUGGAGCCAUCAUCAACGCUCUUUGGGACCUGUGGGGGAAGUUGGAGAACAAACCGGUUUGGAAGCUUCUCGCUGACAUGUCUCCGGAGCAGCUCGUCUCCACCAUCGACUUCACUUAUCUGUACGGUUCUGAGAGGGGGUCGGACGUGCUGACCAAGGAAGAGGCGCAGAAGAUGCUAGAGGACAUGCAAGAGGGGAAAAGGCAGAGGGAGAAAGAAGUGAUCAACAUGGGAUAUCCAACCUACACGAAGUCCGGGGGUACGUGA